UACUCAAAAACAUUCAGGUGCUGGGCGUCUGCGGGUCAGCUAGCUUUCUUGUAAACAGCCUGAUUUUCUAUAAAAGCCGUUUAAAGAUGCACCCUUUUAUGUUUUCUCAGUUUGAAAAGGCCCUGCCAGUAAAGGUCGGGGGCGGAGCGGCUCUCUAUUUCUAGUUUUAAUACGAACAGCACGUGGAUAUUGCAAAAGGCUGGCAACGGCAGAUUGUUAACUGCAUUUACAGCUAGAGGGAAGCAAUGCAAGCUCGUGGAUGAAUGGAUGGAUGUGCGAUUUCUCCAAUUCGUGGAUUAAAGGUAGCUAUUUCAACGGGAAGGACUUAAACUUUUGGAGACGGAUGACACAAUGUGCUUGUAUUUCGUUUUUUUUCCGUGGAGUGAGGCAUUACUUAUGUAAGCAUAUGCACGGGAAGCCAGUUUAACUGUAAAUGUAAGCCAUUAAAUUGUAUUAUUAAUGUUUUAAACUGCUCCGUAAAGAUAAUACAAAAAUGACGGACCUACUAAAAAUAGACAGAUGCUUUACGUGUUGCAAAUUAGCGGACUGCAUUGCCUCUAAAUAAGUAAAAUAUAUAUAUAUCAGUGAAAGGCAAUUGGAGUACCUUUGAGACAAUGGCAAGCCCAGACGGUCGCUUUUACUUUCAACAGUGAACACCAUGGAUUUUCCGUUUAACAGCAGCAGGAUCAACACGCCGCUUUUGUUCUCCUCGGAUGCCUCCUCCUCUGGGGUCGCCCAGUACUCCCAAGCUGCCGUGGCGGGGCUGGCGGCAUUAGUAAGCUUUCUGAUCAUCUUCACAAUUGUGGGAAAUGUUUUGGUUGUAAUUGCAGUGUUGACAAGCAGGGCUCUGAGAGCUCCCCAGAACCUGUUUCUGGUGUCGCUAGCCAGCGCAGACAUCCUGGUUGCCACCCUAGUGAUGCCCUUUUCCCUUGCUAAUGAACUUAUGGGCUAUUGGUUUUUCGGGAGUGCCUGGUGCGAUGUGUAUUUGGCGUUAGAUGUACUGUUUUGUACAUCAUCAAUCGUGCACCUGUGUGCAAUAAGCUUAGACAGGUACUGGUCAGUGACUCAAGCUGUAGAGUAUAACCUCAAACGGACCCCCAGGAGAGUAAAAUGUGUCAUUGUGGUCGUGUGGCUCAUUUCUGCUGUGAUAUCUUUCCCUCCUUUAAUUUCUAUGGACAGAGAGCCCGAAAACGAAGACAACCCAGAGUGUAAAUUAAACGAUGAGACGUGGUACAUUCUGUCUUCCUCUAUCGGAUCUUUCUUUGCCCCUUGCGUUAUUAUGAUCCUGGUGUACAUACGCAUAUAUCAAGUCGCCAAGCACAGGACGCGGAACAUGUCAGAGAAAAAGCACGGGACGGACUGCUCCUCCCAGACUGAAGAUGGGCUAAGCAGGGGCACCUCUUUGAAAGCUAACGACGAGAAAGAGAAUGGACACUGCCCGUCUCUACCCACGACCUCGGUUAAGUCACCGCAGACAGGUGAUAUAGACCCGGAGGACAGCAGCACGUCAGAUGGGAAAGACAAAAAGGCACCGCACUUGAACUCUAAAAAGGAGAGGAACACCCGCAAAAACAGCGCGCUGUCCAAACAAUCCAGCCGCCUGUCCAGGUCCAGUAAUAAAUCAAUUGACUUGUUUUCCUCCCGGAGGAAAAGGAGAAGCACAGUCUCAAGAAAGAAAAUUUCUCAAGCCAGAGAGAAACGGUUCACUUUUGUCCUGGCUGUUGUAAUGGGCGUGUUUGUGGUGUGCUGGUUCCCUUUCUUUUUCAGCUACAGUCUGUACAGCAUCUGCAGAGAAUCCUGUGAAAUCCCCGACACCUUGUUUAAAUUUUUCUUCUGGAUCGGAUACUGUAAUAGUUCUUUAAACCCAGUCAUUUAUACGAUUUUUAACCAAGAUUUUAGAAGAGCUUUUCAGAAAAUAAUGUGUAGGAAAUGGAAAAAAUCUUUUUGAACUUUGCUUACUCCACAAAAAGUGGACUGUAUGUACCUAGACUGCUGCUGAGUAAUUAUUAUAAGGCCUUGACAAUCGAAAACGGAAUGGAAAUGUUCAAAUUAAUUCUUUUAAAAAUGCACUUCUGAAGCACACAAAUGUUAACACUGUGCUUAGUCAUGUAAAUAUUUCCAUAGUAAUUCAAAAAGAAUACUAACAUUUAUAAAAGGGUUAAUUUCUUUUAACACAUUAGUGCCAGACAUUAUCCUGUGAGAAAUCCUUCGACAAUGUAAAAUGUAUUGAUGUUGUGACCAAAAUUUCAUUUAAUGUACCAUUUUAUCAUUAAAAACAACCCAAGAUGGCAAGGAAGGAAUGCUAAUGGAAAGACAGCAAAUAUAGGUAACAAAAUACAGGGACCCCAGUUGACAUAGUAACUGUUUGAUUUUAUACUAGUUUUUUGAUAGCUCAUCAAAGAAAGCUCUAAUUGCACUUCUAUAAGGAAAAAUAGUCCUGCUGUCUGACUUAAUUCCAUUUUCUGAAGAAACUAAAAUUGUUUCAAGUCUAACAUUGGGCUUUAUAAUCAUGCUAUGACACUUGUUACCUUUUAGAAGCGAAUUACAAGUUUAUAUUGAAAACUAAUAUAAAGUCAUUUUUUCAAAAGGAACUAUUUUUCUUCAUCCUUUAUUUUGGUAAUAACUAUUAAAAUAUUUUUAUUCAGGAUGCUUUGAUAAUAUGAAUAUUGCCAGAAAGACAGAGUAGAGCCUAUAUUUCCAUUUUUGAAGAAUAAUGAUUUUAAAAAUGUUUCUUCAAGUACACAAAAUGUUAAAUGUCUGAGCUUACUUACAGCUGAUCAAAAUUUCUGUGCCAGGGUAACAAGCUGUUGACGUCAUAUCUAAACAAGCGUAUGCUAAAACUCUGUAUUAAUUAUAUUCAAAUGUUGUUUUAAUGAUACACAUUUGCAUUUUUCAUAUGGCAAAGUAAACCAUCCAUCUUCCAAACCUGCUUAUCUAGAGCAGGGUUGUAAAGUGGGAAGGUGGAGCCUAUCAGAGUAAGCACGGGCACAAGGCAGUAACAAUCCUUGGAUGGGGGUGCCAGUGCAGAGAACACCACAACUAAGCCCAAAUAAAACAAGUUUUAAAACACUGUUAAAAAUCAUGGAUAUUUAUAUAAAUAAAAUGCAAAGCAUAGGUAAUUAUACUUUCAGUUGUCCUUUAUAUUGAAUUUGACUGGACAAUUAAACUCUUGCUUUUUACAACCUAAAAUUGGCAAAAGUGAGUUGAGAAUGUAUGACUGUUAAAUUUUAAUUAUGCAGAGCUGCAGCUAUUGAAGUUUGAGGUAAUGCUCUGUUCUAGUUUCCCACUACAUGGUGGUUUUGUAUGACAAAACAUAUCUCAUGACCUUAAUAUCUGUGCUUUGAUGUACUCUGAAUGAGCAUUGUUUUCUGUUCUAUUGUUUUUAUUUAAAUGUUUUAGUGGAGGUGUGGCAGACUAAUCUAUUGUCCUAAAAUACAUUUGCCUAAAUUAUGAAAAUAACAUCGCAGAAGGGUUGCCUUGAGAAAUUAAGUAUUGCGUUUAGGCAAAGGUAAUCUUAGUUAAAUAAAAGCAAAAACUUAAAGGAGUGUUUUGGAGUGUUUGCUUCUUGCAGGAAAUCCCUCUUGGAUGAAGGGGUUAUCCAAGUCUCACAUGAUGCUCUAAAGUGUUCAAGGCUUUACUAUUUCAAAAGGGAAUAUGAGUCAGGACUAGAGACCUCAUGUAAUGCAUUUGGAAGUAGGAAGAGAUUCAGUAGGUUUAAAUUACCAAGGCUUAAUUCUUUGCAGGAUGUCCUUCAUCUUGAAGUACCUUUGUAAAUGUAACUUGCUUCUUUUAAGCAAUUGUUAAAUACAAAUGUUUGGAUUAAAAACUAUUUAAGGGCAAUCAAGCCCAAUGAUAUUUCUUUUAUAUUUUGUAAAAGCUGAAAAUAUUCUUUUAUUUUUCAAGUGAUCCCAAAAUAUUCUGGAAAGAUGGUUAUAAUGUUGAUUGAAUUUUAUUCUAAACAUUUAUUUGAAUGGUAAGUGCAAUUUACACUAAAGGGAGAAUCUUCUCAGUAAAUAAAUAGAGCCUAAAGGUAUUUAUUUAUUGAAGCAUUUAAUGUUACUUUUAUUACAAGCACUUGUACUAUUUAUUCACUCUUUUAUAGGGGAAGGGUGAUAAAUAAAACAUU